AAAAAUAUCCGAACGCGAAUUCCCCCACUCCACUCACGAGCUCUCUUCGUCUUCUUCCUCCCACUCCACUCCACGUUUAUUAACCAGAGGGGGUGGGGGGGACGGAAAAGCCAAACCGCAUCUCCUCUCCCUCGUUCUCCAAUUCUCCCACCGCACCAUGAAGCAAGCCGCCGCCGCCGCAGGCCGUUACAAACUCUGGGCCCUCGCUGCCAUCCUCCUCCUAGCCCUCUGGUCUGUGCUCACCGGCACCGUGACCAUCAAACGCUUCUCCCGCCGCCCCUCCGACGACGACCUCGGCGGCCCCGAUUUCGACGACCUCGACGUCCUGGAGAUGGAAGAGAGACAGAAGGUGGUGCGCCGCAUGUGGGACGUUUACCGCAGCUCCAGCCGCCUCCCCAAGUUCUGGCAGCGGGCCUUCGAGGCGGCCUACCAGGAGCUCGCCGGCGAUGACUCCAGGGACGCAGCCGUCACAGAAAUCGCCAGGCUGUCCAUGCGGAUGGCCGACAUCCAUCCCCCUCCACAGCCCACCAAGAAUCCUGAACAGGAGAUUAAACACAAGGACGGAGAUGGCCUGCCGAAAUCCAAACCAUCAUAGUCGUCAGUGAAAGAUCGAUGAUGCAUGGUGGAACGUAGUUUCGAUCUCUGAUUCCAAUUUCAACGCUCUCUGUUCUUUCAUACACAUUCUGCAAUUGCUUAAUUCGACGCGUCGUCGCGUUGAAAGCAUGCCGAGGAAGAGUCAGACGACUAAGCUGGAAUCUCAAUGCCAAUAUCGCAAUUAGUUCGUCGGAGAGUUCCUUUUACCUCGUUUCAUUUAUUAUUUCUAUAGUCUAUCUAUUAAUGAUGGAUCCAUCUUUGUGGUCCUCAACAACCACCAACCCAUGGAAGCCUAAAAACAAAGGAUUCCCUUAUUCAUUAUUCAACUAUUAA